CUGAAAUUUUUGCACAGCUAUUGAACAUAUAUGCACCAAGUAUAUAUAUAUGAAAUGCUAAAAAGUUUUGGCCUAUAUAUUUAACAAUGUUAGCCAUCCUAAAACCACUUAAAAUGUUAAGUUUUGGUUAUCGGCGUGGAGAUAAUAUUAUUAUUUUUAGUGCAUUAUUCAAUAACUUUUUUUUUUUUUUUGUUUUUGAAGUAAAAUGCAAAACUUCGAUUUACCAAUUCUUAAUCACUCCCCUUAUGAAACAAAUCCUUCUUGCUUGGUGUAUGGAUUCUGUUUAAAUUCUGUAGUAAAUUAUUUAAUUUUCAAUGUAUGAAAAUAUCGGAUCGGAGCUGGUUCCUGAAGGGUACAAGGAAAAAGAGAGGCAGCAUCCAAGAGCAGUUCACGUGGUUUCCAAGAAGCAUGUGUUGGCAUUCAGUGUUAAUCUUGGUGGUGGUGAUCAGAACGAAAAGCAGAAGCCUACAAUGACUAAAACUGUGACUGCCGAUCAGAAAUUGUCACCAUCGGAUGAAAAAACCCAUGCGAUUGCUUCAAAUUUUCAAGGCCUCACCGUUUCAGCCCCGACAGCUUCACAAACCAUUUCAGGCGAGGAAGCUCCACAACCUCAUGCCGGUGGCCAGCUCCACAAACUUACUCAACCUCGACGACUCCACAAGCUUAUUCUGCCCUGGCUGCUCCACAUGCAUAACGGAGAUGCUAGUUUUGGAGAGCAAAUUUGGGAUAAGGGUGUUUCGGUGGAGUAUUUGAUUCAUAAGAUUGAGCUAGGGAAAUAUGAGAGAGCACUUUCUCAAGUGAUAUUGGCCGGAGACGAUGAGUCCCAGAAGAACUCCUGGUGAUAUGGGUGUGGUGGAGAAGGUGAAAGAGGCUGUCACUUCUUUUCUCCGGAAUGAGUCAUCCAAAUACAGUACAACUGCAAAUUUAGCUACAAACACGCAAAUUUCCGCCGAUGCAUGUUCGGUGGCUAAAAGCUAAUCGUCACUCCUUCCGAUCUCCACCAAUGCUCAUGAGGUUGAUGAUGAAGAGAAUAAUGGAAGAAAAGUCCAUGCCAAUUGAGCGAGGAAUGCAACUGUUAAUAAAGAAUCAAAUUUCUGAACCAUGUACGAGUUUUAGGCAUCAAUAAU